AUGUGCUCCCGCCAGGACAGAGACCAGUGCCACCAGCAGGAACGGGCCUCAUGCCACAGCAGUGAAGGGUGUCAUGGGGGCAGUGGUGGGUCUGGGUGCCACAGGAGCAGUGGUGGGUCUGGAUGUCAUGGAAGCAGUGGUGGGUCUGGGUGCCACAGGAGCAGUGGUGGGUCUGGAUGUCAUGGAAGCAGUGGUGGAUCUGGGUGCCACAGGAGCAGUGGUGGAUCUGGAUGUCAUGGAAGCAGUGGUGGAUCUGGGUGCCACAGGAGCAGUGGUGGAUCUGGGUGCCAUGGAAGCAGUGGUGGAUCUGGGUGCCAUGGGAACCGUGGUGGAUCUGGAUGCCAUGGGAGCAGUGGGGGAUCCUGCCAUGGAAGGCCACAAGAUUGCCAGCAGCAAGUUUAUCAACCGCAGGUCCAGUGCGAGCAGCAGCAGCAGCAGCAACAGCAGCAGCAGCAGCAGAUCCAGCAGAUCCAGCAGGUGCCCCAGCAGAAGAUGAAGUGA